AUGUCCCUCUAUCGUCGUUCGAACCUCGCAAACUCCAUUGUUCGCCUAAUCCUUCUUCUCUCUGCUCAGAUCCCAACACUCGCUUCAUAUCCGCUUAGCGGCCGGAGUAAACAUGAUUCCCUCAAUGUUUGGGGCGGUCACUCUUCACAUGAUGAUAACGAUGUAGAAGGCGAUCCGGACGAACCACGGUUCUGGGUCUAUCUUGGUAUUUCGGUAUUUCUAGUCGUCCUUGGUGGUGUCUUCGCCGGUUUGACAUUAGGGUUGAUGGGACAAGAUGAGAUUUACUUGCAGGUUAUCGCUCAAUCUGGCGAGGAUAAGGAACAGAAACAUGCACGGGCUGUCCUGAAGCUCCUCACUCGUGGGAAACAUUGGGUUCUCGUUACGCUCUUGCUCUGCAAUGUCAUUACGAACGAAACCCUGCCGAUUCUGCUCGACCGCAGUUUAGGUGGUGGGUGGCCGGCUGUCCUCAGUAGUACUGUUUUAAUCGUUAUCUUUGGCGAAAUCAUCCCGCAAUCCGUUUGUGUUCGAUAUGGUCUUUCGAUAGGUGCCUACCUUGCUCCGUUCGUUCUAACAUUGAUGUACCUCAUGUACCCGGUCGCAUAUCCCACCGCCCUCCUGCUCGACUGGAUCCUCGGCGAGGACCACGGUACAACCUACAAAAAGGCCGGUCUGAAAACCCUCGUUACACUCCACAAGACUCUUGGUGAACAUCCUGCCGAACGUCUGAAUCAAGAUGAAGUCACCAUCAUCACCGCCGUCCUCGAUCUCAAAGAAAAGCCUGUGGGAAGUGUAAUGACCCCGAUGGAGGAUGUUUUCACUAUGUCUGCGGAUACGAUUUUGGACGAAAAGACUAUGGAUAAGAUUCUUAGCAAGGGAUACAGUCGUAUACCCAUUCAUGCACCUGGGGAACCAACGAACUUCGUGGGAAUGUUGCUGGUCAAGAUCUUGAUCACUUAUGACCCCGAGGAUGCGAUGAAGGUCGCAGAUUUCCCGCUUGCUACUUUGCCAGAGACUGCACCUGAGACUAGUUGUUUGGAUAUUGUCAAUUUCUUCCAAGAGGGAAAGAGCCAUAUGGUCUUGGUUUCCGAAUCUCCCGGCGAAAACUACGGUGCCCUCGGCGUUAUUACCCUCGAAGAUGUUAUCGAAGAACUCAUCGGUGAAGAAAUUGUCGAUGAAUCGGACGUAUACGUUGACGUACACAAGGCCAUUCGUCGUAUGAACCCCGCGCCUAUCAGCCGGCGUAACUACGGUACGAAUUUCCCAAGCGAGGGCACUGUAAAAGGAAAAACCAACCAAGUCGUCGAGAUCCUUGGUGCGGUUGACAACCAAAAGAUGGCGGUGGCCGGGGAAGGUGACAAACUACUAGCUGGAUCUUUUGAAGGGUACUCUACCAUUAACCGACCCGAAAUUACUGGCGGCGAACGAAGGGCUUCGACCGGGGUAUUAGAUAGCGAAACUUCGCCAAGGAGGGGGAGCAAAGCUUCGAUUUCCCAAGCGGUUAUGAGGAAGUUGAGUGGUGGUACCGGGGGGAAUUCAGUUAUCCCCGAUAGCCUGAAGGAGAGCUUGAAGCAUUUGGGGCCAAGUAAUCCUGCCUCCGCACCAAGGAGUACUGGGUCGAAGACGAUUAAGAUCAAGACUGUACAGCCGGAUGGAAGCGCUGCCGUUGGACCCGGUGGGGAGGAAGUACGAUCCUCAAAGGAGUUGAGGAGAACAAUUACGUUCGAAGACGGGGUUAAUGGAUCUCAGUCCACACCCCGGGUCGAAUACACUCCUAGCACCGCAGCACACAACAUAUCUAAUAGCGCACCCGAAAACGCCGCGCCAGGAGCCAUGAAAGUCCCUGAGCCGAAGAGCACGCCUAGAACGCCAUCCCCCGCGCAAAGUUUUAAGAAGGUCAGAACCGGAAGUUUGAAAGAAAGGCCGAAGGAUGUUGGAGGGAUCAGAAAAGUUAUCGUGGAGACCAGUGAUCCGGAAGAUAUAAGUGAAAUUGCGAUUGUGGCUGAGGCGAGUGGUAGCGGUGGGAGGCCUAAUGGAGAAGAUCAAGAAGAGCUAGAUGAGUCCUCGAGCUUAUUGGGGAGGAAAUAG